CCCUUUAUUAUAAAUUCAAAAGCCUUUAUUUUUUUCGUCUCCUCACCUUCCUGGCAAUCCACUAGCCACCUAUAUUAGACGUCUUACAGACCAGUUUAACCCAGCCAUGUCGGAUGCCGAGUCAGACAAUGAGGGGCAAGGUCAUGGUCCCAAUGCUCUAGACGAGUUUCGUGAGAACUGGCAGCGCGAGCUCCAGGAACAGCUGAAGCCUGGCCAGAGAGGUGGUGGCAAAGGAGAACAUUCCGGCGAUGCCACCGAAGCAGAAUUGUUGCAGGCCAAGGCCCAGAGUCUCUUCCGCACAGCCGUUCUUCUCGAGCAGAAGGGGAAAGUCUACGACGCAUUACCCUUCUACCGGAAGGCUACGCAAAUCAUGCCAGACAUUGAGUUCAAGUACUAUGAGCUGCAGAAGCUCAGUGGAGACCAGGUCAACAAAAAGCUUCAUAGCCUACCAGGCGACUUUGCCAAACAGUUGGAUCUCGGAAGGUCUGAAACUUUGCCCGAGACAGGGGAUGCGGUUUCGGACAAUCUCUACGAAAAGUUCCAGCUCGAUCUGCGCCAGGAUAACGGCUACAAUGGCAAAUUGAUGGCUUCUAGUCGGGACGCAAGUGUACUGACCACAGGGCUCCACUUCUCGGAUUUGCCACCCGAGAUAGUAAUGCGUAUACUUCGCUGGGUGGUCUCCGCUCAACUGGAUAUGCGCUCCCUGGAACAGUGUGCUGCCGUCUGCAAGGGAUUCUACGUCUAUGCGAGAGAUGAGGAGAUCUGGAGACUGGCCUGUAACAAAGUAUGGGGCCACAAUGUAGGAACGUUGAACUCCGAUGCAGAGGAUACCGAAAGUAGCAACACAUACUACUCCUGGCGCGAUAUGUUCAUCCGUCGCGAAAGGGUGCACUUCAACGGCUGCUACAUAAGCAAAACUACGUACCUGCGUAUGGGUGAAAACAGCUUUCAGGAUCAGUAUUAUCGUCCUGUACAGCUGGUGGAAUACUAUCGGUACAUUCGAUUCAUGCCUGACGGCAAAGUCCUGAUGAUGACCAGCGCGGACGAGCCAGCCCAAGGAGUGAACAGGCUAAAGCAACCUCAUAACAUAAGGCCAGACGUUUUACGUGGUCGUUACCGGCUUUUCGGUAAUACAGUGACUUUGGUUCUACAGAAAUCACAAGCCAGGGCAACUGGACACAUGCGGCAGAGACGAGGAAGCGUCAUGCCCAUCGAGGAGAACUCAACCGAAUUCCUUAUUGAACUACGCAUCACAAACUCGCCUAAACGCCGAUGCGCCCAGUUGGUCUGGUCGCACUACACGCUCGUUCAAAAGCGGAAUACGGUGGAUACCAGCUCCGAUUUUGAUCUAACAGACACCAAGUAUCCGCCACUAUGGUUUUCAACUGUCAGAAGCUAUCACCUGGAUGCCGAUGCACCAUUAGCUUAAGUUAACACCUGUUCCCAUUAAUGGGGAAAUAAAAGAAUCCGAAUUGAAA